AUGGAGCCUGCGGAAGCUGCGAGCGAGUGCGCCGACUCGGAGGAGAUACGCCUUUUCCAUGCCUCCGCCGGCAAUGGUCAGUGGCCGGAGGUCUUUGGAUGCUCAUGGCUGCUCCCUGAUUGGGCACUCCUUUUUGCACGCUCCAGCGUUGCGGUAUUUUUGUCCAUCACGUUGGUGCUGGAUGGGCUCACGACGAAAGAUGGUUGGAGGUUUUUCAUCUACCUCACACGCUGGAGCUUUAUUUUGGAGACCUUGUACUUUUGCGUCGCUGUCUACGUGACCUUCAAAGCUCGUACCUUGAAGAGGCUUUCGAGCGAAGCGCUGACCCCGGCACAGGAGCAGAGUCGACUCCCCAAAUCGGUCCGAUUGAUGUCCUUGCUCUGGACCUUGACCUUUCCGAUCUCCGUGCUCGUUUGCUUGGCUUUUUGGACACUGAUCAAUCCGGUUUGGGAUCAGAAGAUGCGACCGGGCUUUGUCUUGCUCACCGAGCACUUUGUGAACAUGUGGAUUUUCAUCUUCGAAUUUCUCAUCAACCGGAACACGUUUUACCUGAAGCAUGGGGUCAUCAUCUACGCCUAUGCCCUCUUGUACAGCCUUUGGAGCGUCAUCCAUUUUCUCGCGAAGGUCGGAGUCUCUCCAGAUAUGGCAUGUCAUGACUACCCGUUGGAUGAGUGUCCCAUUUAUCCUGUGCUGGAUUGGCAUCAUCCGGCAAGGACUGUGGUGGUGGUUCUGGGAGUCUGCUUGAUGACAGUGCUCCUCCAGCUGGUUCUAUGGAAGUGCACGCGCCUGCGCGAUCGACGCUUUAAGGAAAGUGGAUUCGUUCCUCUCAGAGCACUGGAAGGGAUGCGGGAAGUUCGGAGCCACAUCUGGCGCAAUGUCCAACGUCCUGAGAUCCGGCCUGAGAAACACCGCGCAGAUCGAGUGCGCUCUGGUGUUGAGGGCGAGAAAAGAUCCCACCAUCCCAUGGCCAAUUUCGAUGAUUCGUGCAGUCCAUAUCGGAGCUCCUGCGAAAACUCCUCUUCCAGAGUGACCCUUGCACCGCGGGCGGCUGCACCGCACCGCUUUUUGGACGCGGCGGAGGCGUUUGGGACGCCCUACAACCACCUGCGGUACCGCUACCCUGAGACCUGGAGGAGGCUGGUGGAAAUGCAAGAGAACAGAGAUCCGUGCCCUGAUGGUUUGGAGAUGAAGACAAGCUUGGAAAACCUGAAGAAGUCUGCUUCGCUGCCGUGCGUGGCUAAGAAGUCCAAGCACAGGUCGCAGAGUGAAGGACUCCAUCGACGGAAACGGGGCGAGAAGGAGCUCCACAAAUCCAGAAGCAGGAAGAAAGAGCCCACGGAAGAAGAACAAAUUUCAGUGUUGAAGCGGAUGAUGGCCUUCGAACGCCGGAACCCCUUCGGUGCAGUGGCGGAAGGCACCAGCAGCUUUCAUCACAUCUCGACCUGCUACUUGGAAUCGGCAGACGGUGAGCCGAGAGAUCGAGGUCGGUCACGAAACACGCCUUCCACGUCGCCGUCGCUCCCGGUACUCGACGACCCGAAGGCCCCGGAGGCUCCGAACCGCCUGGUCGGCCGUAGGCCUCCAGCUGCACGAAGUCGACCUGAUCGAAGCUGUGAAGUUGGGCCUCACCACCAGGCGAAACGCCACAGCACCCUGGCGAAAAACAUUGGCGUUUCUGACAUUGCCGAGGGCCGCAAAAACCGUGCGGAGGAGAACGCCUCGUACGUGGAACUGCCUAGUCUGGAGAACCUGGAUGCCUUUGCGCGACGGGUCUAUUGCUGCCUGCCUUUCCUCCUGGUGACCAUCGUGCCCUUCUUCGCCGCAUUCUAUGCCCUCAUCCCUGAGGCCUCGACAGUGCCAUGGUGGGUCUUCCUGGUGGGCGCUGGUGGCUGGUGGCUGGCGUUGCUUCUGAGAUUCCCGGUGAUUCUGGGAUCCAAGGCGGCAUUGAAGAACAACUCCAAUGCCCAGUCCUUAUUGCAGACCAUCACAGUGCUCAUCUCAGGACCUGCGGAGGAGGCGAUUCGCAUCGCUUUCAUCUUUGCUUUUGGCUGGUCCUUAAAGGUGCCCCACAUCUUCGCGCUAGGCUUGGGUUGGACCAGCUUGGAGCUCCUCUUCACCCUGGUGCAAUGCCUGGCCACGAUUCAGCUGCUCCGCGGAGUCCAACAGGGCGACGCCAAGGCUGUCGAGGCCUUCCAAGUCCUGGCGGCCCAAACGGGCCGCAGCGAUCCCUUGUCGGUGGACCCUUUCUGGGGUGUUUUGGAGCGGUGCAGCGCGCAUCUCAUCCACAUCGCCAUGUCACUCUACGGCGCGGUGUCACCCUGGAUCUUCCUGGCCACUGCGCCCGCGCACUCGCUGUUGAACUGGGGCACGGUGAGUCUCAUGCCCAGGAUGGGAGCAAUGGCUGUGGUCACCAGGUGCUGA